GCGCGAGCGGCGGGAGGCGCAGGCGAGGCGCGAGCUUGCCGCCUCGGGCUGCCGGAGGAGCCGCCGCUGGGACCCGCCGCCGUCGCCCCGGGCCUCCCUGCGGGGCCCCGCGUUCCGGCGUGCGGCAGGUGCAGGGAGCCCGGGCGGAGGCGGCUGCACCGUCGCCACCCUCCUCCUGACGGCGAUGCCGGCGGUGCAGAAAACUGUGUCCGAGAUCCGCUCCCGUGCAGAGGGCUAUGAGAAGCCAGAUGAUGUUUCAGAGAAAACUUCUCUAGCUGAUCAAGAGGAAUUGAGAACAAUAUUCAUCAAUCAGCCCCAGCUAACCAAAUUCUGCAAUAAUCAUGUCAGCACUGCAAAGUACAACAUAAUCACAUUCCUGCCAAGGUUCCUUUAUUCCCAGUUCAGAAGAGCUGCUAAUGCAUUUUUUCUUUUUAUUGCAUUACUUCAGCAAAUACCAGAUGUAUCACCAACCGGCCGUUAUACAACAUUGGUCCCUCUCUUAUUUAUUUUAGCUGUAGCUGCAGUGAAGGAGAUAAUAGAGGAUAUUAAAAGGCAUAAAGCUGAUAAUGCAGUGAACAGGAAACAAACUCAAGUAUUACGAAAUGGUGCAUGGGAGAUUGUCCAUUGGGAAAAGGUAGAUGUUGGAGAUAUAGUUAUAAUAAAAGGCAAAGAGUAUAUACCUGCUGACACUGUACUGCUUUCAUCAAGUGAACCACAAGCUAUGUGCUACAUCGAAACAUCUAACUUAGAUGGCGAGACAAACUUAAAGAUUCGACAGGGUUUACCACUAACAUCAGACAUAAAGGACAUAGAAAGUUUGAUGAGACUUUCGGGCAGAAUUGAAUGUGAGAGCCCAAACAGACAUCUCUAUGACUUUGUUGGAAACAUCAGGCUGGAUGGACAUGGUACUGUUCCAUUGGGAUCUGAUCAGAUCCUUCUACGAGGAGCUCAGUUGAGAAAUACUCAGUGGGUUCAUGGGAUAGUUGUCUAUACAGGACAUGACACAAAACUUAUGCAGAAUUCAACAAGUCCACCUCUUAAAAUGUCUAAUGUGGAACGAAUUACAAAUGUUCAGAUUUUGAUUCUGUUCUGCAUCCUUAUUGCCAUGUCUUUGGUCUGCUCUAUCGGUUCAGCCAUAUGGAAUAGAAGGCAUACUGGAAGAGACUGGUAUCUUGAUCUGAAUUAUGGUGGAGCAAGCAACUUUGGAUUGAAUUUCUUGACUUUUAUCAUUCUCUUCAAUAAUCUUAUUCCAAUAAGUUUGUUGGUUACGCUUGAAGUUGUUAAAUUUAUCCAGGCCUAUUUCAUAAAUUGGGACAUAGACAUGCACUAUGAACUCACGGACACUGCUGCAAUGGCUCGUACUUCCAAUCUCAAUGAAGAACUUGGACAGGUAAAAUACAUAUUUUCUGACAAAACGGGUACCCUGACAUGCAAUGUCAUGCAAUUUAAGAAGUGUACUGUAGCAGGAGUUGCUUAUGGCCAUUGCCCUGAGCCUGAGGAUUAUAGUAUUGCUUCAGAUGAUUGGCAGGGCUCACAAAAUGGAGAAGAAAAAGCAUUUAAUGACUCUUCAUUACUGGAGAAUCUUCAAAGCAGUCAUCCAACUGCACCUAUAAUAUGUGAAUUUUUGACAAUGAUGGCAGUGUGUCAUACAGCAGUUCCAGAAAGAGAAGGUGAUAAAAUUAUAUAUCAGGCAGCAUCUCCAGAUGAAGGAGCAUUGGUCAGAGCAGCCAGACAUCUUCGAUUUGUAUUCACUGGAAGGACACCCGACUCAGUAAUCAUAGAGUCUUUGGGACAGGAAGAGAGAUACGAACUGCUAAAUGUCCUGGAGUUUACAAGCACUAGGAAGAGAAUGUCAGUGAUAGUUCGCACACCAUCGGGAAAGUUAAGACUCUACUGCAAAGGAGCUGAUACUGUAAUUUAUGACCGUCUUGCUGAAACUUCAAAAUACAAAGAAAUCACCUUAAAACAUCUAGAGCAGUUUGCUACAGAAGGCUUAAGAACACUAUGUUUUGCUGUAUCUGAGAUUUCAGAAAGUGAUUAUCAAGAGUGGUUAGACGUCUAUCACCGUGCUUCUACAGCUCUACAGAAUAGAGCACUCAAGCUUGAGGAGAGCUAUGAACUAAUUGAAAAAAAUCUUCAACUGCUUGGAGCAACAGCAAUUGAAGAUAAACUGCAAGACAAAGUGCCUGAAACCAUAGAGACACUCAUGAAAGCAGACAUAAAAAUUUGGAUACUUACUGGGGACAAACAAGAGACUGCCAUUAACAUUGGUCACUCCUGUAAACUUUUGCGAAAGAACAUGGGACUAAUUGUUAUAAAUGAAGGCUCCCUCGAUGGAACAAGAGAGACACUUAGCCAUCACUGCAGUACUCUUGGUGAUGCUUUAAGGAAGGAAAAUGAUUUUGCUCUCAUCAUCGAUGGUAAAUCUCUGAAGUAUGCUUUGACAUUUGGAGUAAGACAAUAUUUCCUGGACUUGGCUUUGUCGUGUAAAGCUGUUAUUUGUUGCAGGGUAUCACCACUUCAAAAAUCUGAAGUUGUAGAAAUGGUUAAAAAACAAGUUAAGGUAGUAACUCUAGCAAUUGGUGAUGGAGCAAAUGAUGUUAGUAUGAUACAAACAGCACAUGUUGGUGUUGGUAUUAGUGGGAAUGAAGGUCUACAGGCUGCUAAUUCUUCAGACUACUCAAUUGCUCAGUUCAAGUAUUUGAAGAACUUGUUGUUGGUUCAUGGAGCCUGGAAUUAUAACAGAGUAGCUAAAUGCAUCUUGUACUGUUUCUACAAGAAUAUAGUCCUUUAUAUUAUUGAGAUCUGGUUUGCAUUUGUUAAUGGCUUUUCUGGACAAAUUCUGUUUGAAAGAUGGUGUAUAGGUCUUUACAAUGUGAUGUUUACAGCAAUGCCUCCACUAACUCUGGGAAUAUUUGAGAGAUCCUGCCGAAAAGAAAACAUGCUGAAAUAUCCUGAGUUAUAUAAGACUUCCCAAAAUGCACUGGACUUUAAUACUAAGGUUUUCUGGGUUCAUUGUUUAAAUGGCCUCUUCCACUCAUUCAUUCUGUUUUGGUUUCCACUAAAAGCCCUCCAGCAUGGUACCGUAUUUGGCAAUGGUAAAACUUCAGACUACUUGCUCUUGGGGAACACUGUAUACACUUUUGUGGUUCUAACUGUGUGUUUGAAAGCUGGAUUAGAGACCUCGUAUUGGACUUUGUUCAGCCAUAUAGCUAUCUGGGGCAGCAUAGCACUUUGGGUAGUGUUUUUUGGAAUCUACUCUUCUUUGUGGCCAGUCAUUCCUAUGGCACCUGAUAUGUCAGGAGAGGCAGCUAUGAUGUUCAGCUCUGGAGUGUUUUGGAUGGGACUUCUAUGUAUUCCUAUGACAGCUUUACUUUUUGAUGUAGUAUACAAAGUAGUAAAGAGGGCUACUUUUAAGACGCUGGUAGAUGAAGUUCAGGAGUUGGAAGCAAAAUCUGAGGAUCCUGGAGCAGUUGUGCAUGGCAAGAGCUUAACUGAAAGAGCACAGCUGCUGAAAAAUGUUUUUAAGAAGAACCAUGUGAACUUGUAUCGCUCUGACUCCCUGCAGCAAAAUUUGCUUCAUGGCUAUGCCUUCUCUCAAGAUGAAAAUGGAAUAGUUUCCCAGUCUGAAGUGAUACGAGCUUAUGAUACCACAAAACAAAGGCCUGAGGAAUGGUGAAGGAACACAGCUCCAGAUUUAGGCCUUACUAGUUCCUUUUGUGAGACGGACUGCUAGAGACUCUGCUGGGAGCUGUGACCAUGGCCCAGUUAUCAGAGAUUUAGAGAUCUAUGAUGGUCAUGUUCCAUAAAGUUUGGAUUUGUGUAUUCAGUAGACAUAAGCACUGUGCAACUAUACUGUAACACACCAUCUCUAAAUUUUUUAACAAAUAUUUGCUUAGCCUUUGUAAACAGAUUGGAAUUUACCUUGUGUCUUGCCAGCUUGCUUAUUUUACAAUGAAGUUGAAUCAGUGUUGGUCAUAUCCUUGGAAGGCAAUGGUCAGAUCGUGAAACAUACUUUACAUUGAUAGACCGUUAGCAUCUGUGAAGGGUUUUAAGUGUUAAUAUAUUUAAAUACAGUUGAUAACAAGCCUUUGAUUUCAACAAGUGCUGAAAAAAUAGUAUCCUAAUGGUGUUAAUUCACCUUCUUCGAGAAAGAUUGUGAGUCAAGGUGUUCAUACAUAUUUGUGUCAAACUAACCUAAAAACGUUUGCCAAAGAAGUUCCGUAAAUGUUUUCUGUUGUUAGAAAUAAUUUGAAAGGAAAUUAACUCCAGUCCAGAUGUCAGAACUGCAUGCUUGAGUCUCCACACCUGAGGAGAAAGAUUUACAGUAUAGUGAGUUCAAUUUGAGUGGCCUUUAUGGCAUUUGCUUUCAAAACUGCAAGUCUUUGCACCUUUGGCCUUAUACAAGCUUUUCCCUUAUUUUCAUUUGGUAUCGCAGAUUUUGCAAAUGGCUGUCACAUUGUAAAAUCAAGUACACCUAUUAUUUUGGUUUUUAAGAAUUGCUCUGCCUUACUUCCCUUUAGCAAACUCUAAUUAUUUUUCCCAUGCUUAGUUGUAUCUGCUCGUGCUGUAGGCUCAAAAGAAAGUUUUUUUCAAUUUUUUUUUUUAAUUAACUACAUUUUCAACAAUUUUAUACUAAAAUAUUUGAACUGCAUACAUUGAAAUAGAGAGCAAAGCAUGCCCUUCGCUAGUCUGUGGUGUGGACCGUUGUAUUUGCACUAAAGCCACUUCCUAUAAAGGUGUGACAUAUAUUGCAGCAGCUUCUUUACAACUCACUGGCCAUGCAGAAUACCUAUAUAUUCUCACCUUUAAUGGAAAAUGGAGAGGAAGUGACUGAGGGGAAAGAUACACACUUGGUUUAAGAGGGAAAAAAAAAAAAAAAAGAGCAGGGAGAUGUUAAGUGAGAACAUUGUCGUAACAUUUUCAAGUAUAUUUGCUAUUUUUCAGCUUAGGACCCAACAGCCAUCAGCUUUCAAGCUUAGAAAAGCUAACUUCUGAAUUUAGUUAAAUCUUGUAGCUUUUUGGUCUAUGUUUAAUUCUGAACUUCAAAGCCACUACAUUUUUCUCUAGUGGCAGUUUUUAAUCAAAUUUCUGUGCAUUCCAUAGAAAGGAUCUUUCAUCUUUGAUUGGAGAUCAACUAGAUGGAAAAGCAGAAUAAUGACAUCCACAGUGAUCUGUUCGAUUCAGAACAUCCUCUUUGCACUCCCAGUCAUCCACUUUUAACUUAAAAGUAACCAGUUAUCUAAUCCAAUCUUUUCUCUGCCUUCUUUCAUUAGACAUACUAGAGGCUGACUUUACCUCCUUGCCUUUCCUCUAGCUAAACACUGAACAUGUAAUUUUAUUGCACUGUCUUACACUCCAUUCCAAGAGAAGCUUACAAACGCAUGGGAAGGCCUGCAAAAGGCACUAUAUGAAGGUAUGUAUUUAGGAAGGCAUAUCAAUGGGAAGGCAGUCUGCAUUUCAUAUGCGUGUUAUGCAACGUCUUCCUCUCCCGCAGUGAUCUUUAAACAGAAGACACGGGGACAAAGGGAAUGUAUCCCACUAGAAACAGUGCUGCCAGUCAGUCAUGCAGACAAGGACUGCCUUCAGAAAAGCCAUUUCAGGCAUAGAUAAAUAGAUGGAUCAAUAUGGGAGGGCCAAAUCACUUGACCUAAGGCAAGAAAAAAUUUGGGGGCAUGCCCCUUUCCUAAAAUGUGAAUCUCUAUUUUCUGUCAUCCAAGGGACAAUGACCAACUUCAAAACAUUUCUGAAAUUAGCCAUGACACUGUUGCCCCUUUAUAAUCUUUCAGAUUACUUAACUCAUAUAAAAUGACUCAAUCUAUACAAACACUGUUUAUGGGUAAUUUUUUUAUUAUCACUGAGGGAGGUGUUCUAAAUGGUUUAAUUGCUGAUUUUGCAGGAAAGGAUGUGAGGACUAGAACAAAUUUUAAAAUACUUACCAUGAGAAAUUUGUAUGAUCUCCUCCUGUGAAAUAAAUUUGUCUCAAUGCUAUAAUACAGUUUCUAGAAAAUAACACACAGUAUAUACCCAGUUUAACUAUCUUAAAAAGGAAGAAAGUAAGUGAAACAGCUCUAAGAUCCUAAAUUCAGACUGUACUUUAAGUUUUUAGGAUAGUCUUAUCACAGCAUUUCAUCCUUACUGAAUCUGAACUAGUAUUUUGCAAAGUUUAUUUUUGUUUUUUAUUACUUCUAAUGGGUUUUUCUCCUGUCCCUAUAGUUUUCCCUGGUUGUUAGUGGUUGGAAGAUACUGCAUCUUAGAAAUAGUAAAAAAAGAAAAUGUGGCAAUUUUAAGUAUGUUUUUUGAUAGCUCAUGCAAUUCCAUUUUAAAAUGUAAAAUCAUCUUAGCUAUGUGUGCCCAUUUUUUAAAUCGGGUCAAGUACACAAUAUGCACUUUAUUUUCAUGUUGAGUACAGAGUAAUAUAAUCUAUUGCCAUGCUGUUAGUACAUCCUAUCUUUGUUAAAAUAAGGGAAUUCUGUAGAUGUUUAUUUCAAGAAAGAACAAAAAUUAGGCAAAAAUGCUCAUGAUGCCUCUGUUCUUGUUUUCAAAUUCAAAUUUGUAUUAAAUACAGAAUUCACAUGGACUUUUACAUCUCUUUUGUGUGCACUGCAUAACAGUUACAAGUUAGUAUUAAAAAUUUCCAUCAAAAAGUUGAACCGGUGCCAUUUAGAAAUCAGAUCUCUUAUAUAAAUACUGUUGCUUGAUUAUUUUUAAAUAUAUACAUAUAUAUAUAGAGAAGUGAUUCAAAUGAGCAAGUAACGGGAAACAAAUUUUAACCAACCUACUGCUAAUUUGUAUUUGGAAUUUUUUCUUGCCAUUUCCUAAUUUUACACUUAUUUUUGCAAAGCAGUUUCAACAGAUUUAUACGUAGUCAUCAUUCUAUUUGUAUAAAAUGAGAAAUAAAGUAUUUUGAAAUGCUAAGAGAUAGCUGAAGAUUCCUGUAUGUCCACGUGCAUCCACAACAUUCACUUACACGUUACAAAGAUGCCUGGUAAGUGGCUCAAGACUUCUUCCGUUACAUUUAAACCCCAUCUUGAAUGACGAGUAAUUUGGAGUAUGCGUUAAGUUUAAGGAGAGACCUUUUUUUGUCCCUUUUUCUUGUUUGUGUUGUGUAAAAGCACUUGUAGUUCUGAUGCGUUUGUCAUUCUGUCUGCAUGAGGCAAUAUUUCUAAGUGUUCUGAGGCAAUGCAUGGUGGUUGCUGUUCCCUGUCUUUUAAUGCCUUCGUUAAAAGUCUGCUCGUAAUAUAUCGAGAAGCUCGUGCUACGUAAGCAAAUGAGUUUGUGAGUUCAACUUUCUUGGUACUGGAUGUUUUCACUGGUAACAAAACUCCACAAAUGAGUUUCUCCUUUCUACCCUCUGCCCUCGCUCCCUGAGUUUUCUCGCUGUUAACCAAUAGUUCUUUAUUAAACAAAGGAAUAUUUUAGCAUUCCAAACCUGGUUCCUGCUUAUGCAAACCCUUACUCACAUGGGCUUCAACUGGACUGUUUGUAAGGACUACUUAUCUGAGCAAUGAUGUGCAAAGUUGGGCACUUUGGAGGAUUGAUACUUAAAUUUGUGAUUUGUGAUUGCAAAGCUGUGACCCAGAACAAGUUUGGAGUUUAUUUUAAAUCAUAUUUUUAUGGUGUUUCUUUAUUGUAGAAUAGAAGCCAUAAAUGCAUUAAUAUUGUUUUUCUAUUUCAACGUAAUUUUUCAUUAAGAUUUUCAGUGUUUGAUAUGUAUGAACCGCUGCAGAAAGCGGUCAGUCUGUAAUAGCAACAUUUGCAUUCAAGGUAAAGUGAGGUUUUACAGCUCCACUAAGCCAUUACUGCUGAAACUGUUGUGGAAAUUAUGAAGCUGCAUGAAUGAAGAUUUUUUGACUCAGUGUUUAUGGUAGUUUCUCAGGUUUAGUUUUAACUGGAUGUUAAAUGCACUGUGUUUUAUAAAUAGUUCUUCUCUUUUAGUAACACGUUCAGUUCUAUGCAGUGUUACAUGUCAUUUGGCAUUUGGUGAAUGUGCAUGUUUUGAACUGCAAAUUUUAAAUGUUUUGUCUUUUAAUUGUUAAAAAAUAAAUAAAC